AUGGUGUGUAAACUCGGAAUCAACGGCUUUGGCCGAAUCGGUCGUCUUGUCUGCCGCUCUGCUUUGGAGAGAAAAGAUGUGUCUAUCGUGGCUGUUAAUGAUCCCUUCAUGGACUUGUCCUACAUGGUGUAUCUGCUGAAGUACGACUCGGUCCAUGGCAAGUGUCCUCUGGAGGUGAGGGAAGAAGGGGGCCACUUGGUUGUAGGAUCACACAAGAUCCGCGUAUACCACGAGAAAGAUCCUGCUGCCAUAAAGUGGAGUGAAGCUGGGGCGGAUAUCAUAUGUGAAUCGACCGGCUGCUUCACCACUAAAGAAAAAGCUCUUGGCCAUAUACACGGGGGAGGAGCAAAGUAUGUAGUGAUAUCCGCUCCUCCCAAAGAUGACGUUCCCAUGUACGUGAUGGGAGUGAACCACACAAAGUUCAAUCCGGAGCACAAAGUGGUAUCCAAUGCGUCUUGCACCACUAACUGCCUAGCUCCCCUUGCGAAGAUCAUUCAUGAUAAAUUCGGAAUUGUCGAGGGGUUGAUGACCACCGUGCACUCCAUGACAGCCAACCAGCUCACUGUAGAUGGCCCUUCAAAAGGGGGCAAAGACUGGAGAGCAGGCAGAUGCGCCGGUUCAAACAUUAUUCCUGCUUCCACAGGAGCCGCAAAAGCAGUCGGAAAAGUCAUUCCUGAGCUACAAGGAAAGUUGACGGGCAUGGCAAUUCGUGUGCCCACUCCAGAUGUAUCUGUCGUGGAUCUAACAUGCAAACUGCACAAGGCCGCAAAGUACGAGGACAUUAUAGCUGCAAUCAAGCACGCCAGCGAGAAUGAAAUGAAAGGGAUUAUGGGGAUAACGGAGGAAGAAGUCGUCUCUGCGGACUUCAUUCACGAUUCGCGCUCCAGCAUCUUCGACGUCAAGGCGGGAAUUAUGCUAAAUGAAACUUUUGUGAAGCUAGUUUCCUGGUAUGACAACGAAUGGGGUUACUCGUGUAGGCUAGUCGAUCUCGCAGUUUACAUGGCAAGCAAGACGAAGUAA